AAAACAUUUCUCCUUCGCUUACGGCAGUGGACUUCCAAAAGACUGAAUACCCAACCAGGCCCAGUUCCAAGUAUAUUGUGAUGAGCCGCCAUGGUUUCGUUGUUGUUCCCUGCAGUCCAGCCAGCUGCUCAGCAGCCGUUACAGGCCCAUAAUUUCGUGAGGUUUGGUGGUGCUGAGGGCUCCUGCGAGUGGCUCGGCAAGAGAAUCCGCAGCGUGCGGCAGGCCUGCCAGGAUUGUCACCAGAGGAGAGUGAAGUGCGAUGGCCGCCGACCACGGUGUGAUACCUGUAUUGCCAAGGGACGGUCCUGCCACUAUGAGUCGCAACAGGGCCACUCGAGAAAAGCCGCUCUGAAAUCGCGCCUGCUUGCAUUGGAGAAGCUCUUCUUUGCAUUGCAGUCCAAACCUGGCGACGAAGCGGACCGUUUGCUACAACAAAUCCGCUGUGCCGACGACGUCCGCACCUUGCUUGACUUUAAAGAUGAUAUGUCGCCACCUGAGGUCAGCAGCUCCACCAGCAUCAGCCCAACCGUCAGUAGUCUCUCGAGCUCCACGAUUGGGUUUGAGGAACAAUUUCUCGGGUCCGUUACUCCAGCGCAGAAUAGCGCAAAUGCCCCUCUCCUCCAGGAACCGCAGGUCGGGGAUGAUAUGCUGGGAAAGGCCGAUGUCCCCACUCCCUCCCCCGCACUGAGGGAACUAGCAGCAGAUGCAUCGGCGUUCCUGAUCUCCGUCUUCAUCCCCAGCGCCUCUACUACACAAGCCGCAGUCGAAAGCUUUUUCAGCUCCAGUGGCAAACUAUUUCAUGUCUUUUCCCGUGAACAGGUUUCAGGCUACUACAAGGAUGUAUUUGGAAGAGAUGGCUGUUCCAUACCAAGUCAGAAGACUGCCAUUUGCUGUCUCGCCGCAGUUGCAGCUGUUGGGGUCCAGUACAACGCCGGUGACUUUGAGGUCGCUAUAGAAGGCGUUUUCUAUGACUUGGCAAGGCAAUUCUUUGGGAGCUUGAUGGAGGAGCAGCCACUCGACGCAAUCAAGGUCUGCGCGCUGCUGGCUAUGUACAACAUCAUGAAUAAGGCGACUGUUUCACUUGCUUACAUUGAAAUUGGUCUGAACAUGUCAAAGAAACAUAACCUAGUUGACAAAUGCUACCACUAUCCUGGUCUGUCCCCAGAGGAAUGGGUUGACUAUCGAAGGACUUGGAGAACAUUACUGUUCUUUUCAAGCUGGCUUUCUUCAACUCUUGGGUAUAUCUCGGGCAGUGAGAUAUCUUUCCGGGAAGUAGUUCCAUUGGUAGACGUGGAAGUCGAUCAUGCAUCCGAUAUUAGCCACACUGUCCAGACGGAGAUGACCAAGAUCUCCCUUCUAAACGCGGAUAUUCUGCGGAUGCAUCUGUCCUCUAAGGAGCUGCCCAGCCAAGCCAUAGCUUCCAUAAACAAAGACCUUCAGGACUGGCACAAUCAGCUCCCUAGGCAAAUGCAUCUCCCUAAUCUCUACCGCGAAGAUCUUUCGGUAGAAGUCCGCCGAACUAUCUUAGCUACUCACUUGCUCUUUCUCGGAGCCACAAUGCUUCUCUAUCGCCGCAUUGCCUCACAGUUCGUUCAGCAUUCCGGUAUUGGCCAUGGGCACAGCAUUCUAUGGAAGCCCAUUGAGAACACGUUUCUCAACCAUGUAGAUCAGGGUGUUACUGCGGCAACACACUCGUCCCGGAUAUUAGGCCUCUUGCGAGCAGAAGCGGGAAUAUUCAAAAGAUGCUGGCUUGUUAUCAUCCAAGCAUAUACCUCUUGCGUUGUGCUCCUCCACUCUGUAGCGCAAAAGCAAGUACACCUCUUCCCUCGCUCAUUCUGGGAAGACGACCUCGCCCAAGCCCGCAUCUGUCUCGACAUACUCUCCUUCUGCGGCACCGUGGACCCAGUAGCUCUCAAAUUUCAGGACUGCCUCGUCCCUGUCCACGACAAACUGGCAUCUUACAUCCGCCCCUCAACCAGUAUUAGUAGCCCUUCAAACCCGUUGUCCCUCGCCUACAUUUUCGGAAUUCCGUCGACCGCCGAUGCCGACCGCGCCAGCCUGUCCCUAAAGCUCCUAAUAAUGUUGUGCCAGCCAUUCGGCAACGUCGACAGCACAUGUGGAUCAAACGACAACCUCAGCACACUGUGGCAGAGCUUCUCAACACAGCACGAGCAAGUGCAGGGGGCCGAGCCGCUCGACUGGAAACUUGAUAGCUGCCCUCCGUUCCACUGGGACCCCCAGGGCCUAGGGAUUGGCGAAGCGGCGCUGCUGGAGAGCGAUAAUCGGUUUUUGGGCAGUAAUGAGCCUAGUGGAUGGGCUGGGUUCCAGAGUGAAGAUGGGCACGAACUCGAGCAACUCUUGUUUAUAAAUACUUUAAAUUAA